ACCAAAGUAUAUGUUUCGUUUCUUGCCUUUGUAGUUAUGCUUAGGUUUUAAUCUCUAGUAUAUGUCUGAUUCUGUGUCAACCUAUUAAACAUUGUAGCUUUUGAUUUUCACCAAUUAUUCAAUAUUGAUCAAAUCUCUUAUACGCUUUUUAAUCACUCAUGAGAACAGAUGGCUUUGUAUACGAGUUCUGCUACUUCCUUCACAAAUCUCUGCACAACACAUUACAACAAUGUGAUCCAAUUAGUCGAUAUGGUAGGAAUUGAUUCAAGUCACUUGCUGAGAGACAAGAUCCUUUGCUUCACCAGCAGGUUUCACAUGAAUAACCAACAUAGGAAGACUUGUUCUUCAUUAUCACUUAAUCAGAUGAAACUUCCUAUUCCGAGAAUCGUAGCUUUUGCCUCAGCGCGCGGUGAAGGAGAAGCUGAAAGUUUCAGCAGAUUGGAAGCUACCUUUGGUGAUAAUACCUCCACAGAAUGUACCUGGAGUUUUGAUUUUCCACAGUCUAAAGUUGAGGUUUCUCAUCUCCAGUCAGAAGCACACUUCUCUGGAAGCAAUGGGGACAAUAAUGUGGCUAGUGUUAUCGAAAAACUGAAUGCUCUUCGGUCACAUCUAUUAGCAGCAGAGAAGUGGAAUUCUUCUCAGCUACACUUAUGUGACAGUAAAUAUCUGGAAUGUGCAACAAACUUAGUUCAUUAUAUGGCUUUGAGGUCCCUGGACAUUGAGCAGCUCAACAACCAUCUAGCUUCUCUUGGUCUGUCAAGUUUAGACAACAACAAUCUCGAUGUACUCAAGCGCCUUAACGCAUCUAUUAAUCUGUUAAUGAACGAUCAAAAUGCUGUGACGGAGUCUUGGACUAAUGCAUAUCCCAAGGGAAAAAGUACUAAGAAGAAUGAUAAAGGGAGGGUAUUAUCAUACAAAGAGUCAUUACUUGGUAAACUUCGUGAAGGAAGAAGUACUCAUAUCAUGGUAACUGUUGGUGAAGAAGCAACUUUGAGUGAAACAUUUAUAACCGAUAUUCUUAAAGCUGGAACAUCCACUAUCCGUAUAAACUGUGCACAUGGAGAUCCAAGUAUUUGGGGUGAGAUCAUCAAAAGAGUAAGAAGAACAUCUCAGAUGCUAGAGAUGCCAUGCCGUGUUCAUAUGGAUUUAGCGGGACCAAAACUGAGAACUGGUACCUUAAAACCUGGUCCCUGUGUGAUGAAAGUUUCACCAAAGAAAGAUGCUUACGGAAAUGUAGUUUCUCCUGCUUUGGUAUGGCUCUGCCUCACAGGAACAGAACCUCCUUCUCACAUUUCCCCCGAUGCUACUAUAUCGGUCCAAGACCAAGAUUUUCUUGCUGGUCUCCAGAUUGGUGAUUCUAUAAGACUAUGUGACGCUAGAGGAAGAAAGAGGAGACUUAAAAUCUCAAAAGAGUUUCCUGUUUUCUCCAGUACUGGGUUUGUGGCUGAAUGUUUCGACACUUCUUAUAUAGAGUCUGGAACUGAGUUAAGUGUUAAGGGAAAGAAAGGGAGACGUUUGGUUGGACGAGUAGUAGAUGUACCUCCCAAGGAAUCUUUUGUAAGGCUUAAAGUUGGAGAUUUACUUGUCAUAACCCGAGAAGGAUCGCUCGAUGAACCAUCUGUAACUGUUCCAGGAGCUCAUAGGUUAACUUGUCCUUCCGGUUAUUUGUUUGAUUCAGUCAAGCCUGGUGAAACCAUUGGUUUUGAUGAUGGAAAAGUAUGGGGAGUAGUAAAAGGAACAAGCCCUUCAGAGGUAAUUGUCUCCAUCACUCAUGCUGGUCCAAAAGGUACAAAACUAGGAUCAGAGAAGUCCAUUAACAUUCCGCAGAGCGAUAUCCGUUUCAAAGGCCUGACAUCAAAAGAUAUCAAAGAUCUUGAAUAUGUAGCUUCACAUGCUGACAUGGUUGGCAUUUCUUUCAUACGCGAUGUCCAUGAUAUUACCGUUCUUCGACAAGAGUUGAAGAAAAGGAAACUAGAUGAUCUUGGUAUUGUUUUAAAGAUUGAAACGGAAAGUGGAUUCAAGAAUUUGUCCUUGAUUCUAUUAGAAGCAAUGAAGUGUUCGAAUCCUUUAGGAGUUAUGAUAGCUCGAGGCGAUCUUGCGGUGGAAUGUGGAUGGGAGAGAUUAGCUAAUAUACAGGAGGAGAUUAUAGCUAUUUGUAAAGCUGCUCGUGUACCGGUGAUUAUGGCAACUCAGGUUCUUGAAUCACUUGUCAAAUCCGGUGUUCCAACUCGAGCUGAGAUCACAGAUGCUUCAAAUGCCAAAAGGGCGAGCUGUGUGAUGUUGAACAAAGGCAAGAAUAUCGUUGAAGCUGUUUCGAUGUUGGAUACUAUUCUUCAUACCAAGCUUAUCUACAAGAAACCGGAAUCUGAAAAUCUCCAUUGAUAUACUUCUCACUAAAAACACAACUUGUAACUUGUAGUUGGCUUGCAAAUGGGUAUCAGGACUCAGGAUUUAGAUCGGUUCUAUACUGGAAUCUCCUGCGUGUAAUAGGUUCUAUAAGAAAAAACUUUUAGGGAAAUCUAAAAUGUAUUUAAGAUAUGAAUUGGUUAUACUGAAUAAUAGAGAUUGUAACAU